UCUACUUGUGAUCUCUCUCUGUCAAAUAAAUAAAAAAAUAAAAAAUCUUAAAAAAAAAAAAAAAGAAUAUGUACAUUAAUUGCACUGUCCCAAAUUACAAUGAUUUUUAAUAGCGUUUGAGAGUGGUAGUUAAUUGGAAAUUAAGCAUUACUCAAUGCCCAUUCUAAAAAUGUUUCCUUCUACUUAACCAAACUAUCUGGUUAGUCUACUUCCCUGAUCUACGUGAGUACUACUGAACUAAGGAUAGACUUCAUGUCUCAGUGAUCAGCUGUUUUCAUCACGCUCCUACCAAAGCCACAUCUUCAAGACAACUCAGCCUAAGGGUGAAUUAAGAGCAUGGAUGUUGGAGUCAACAAAGUCUCGUUUCCUUCAUAUGUAAGAUGAGAAUAAUGUGCCUUUCCUACAGAAUUAUUAAGAUCAUGAGAUGAGAACAUGCUUAUAGGAGGCACUCAAUGUAUGAUGAUAUACUCAGCAUACUCAAGGUAGGGUGUUUUGUUAUCAAUCCUUAUCUCCCACUCAUCUCCUAUAGUCACUCCCUCACGAUACCCCUGAUCCCUCCCCAUCAGGUGAAUGGACUUUCUGUCCUCCCUCAUCCAGCUAAACCCUAACUUCUUUUCUGUAUCACAAGUAAUGCUUCUAGGGUAGGGGCAGCUAAUAAACAAUGUACAAUGCUUUCCCGUAAGAUUUCACUGAGUGUAUUCAUCCAGCAUUUCAUAUCCUGGGUUAGAACUGAGGCUGAAAUGGUUGGUUAUAAGGAGGGGCCUGUACCUCGGGGAGUUCUGCUUGCGUGGUAGAGCGAUGGAAACCAAUAAUGACGCUACCCUAGAACCUGUGACACAGAGUUACAGAGAAAGGAUUCGGAACAUCUGCAUGGUCUACUUGUAUAGCGAUGUCAGAAACCAUUUCAUUUUGUAGAUUUACUGAUAGUGGGCUCCUGGAACUGUGUUUGACAAGACUCUGAAGUUCCGUCAAGAUUCUGCACUGAAGAUGGCUGUGAUUACACAUGUCUGCUAUGGGCACUGCGGAGCACAUGCCAGCUUUAAGACCUUUCUGGUGUAAGAGAAAGAGUGCGGAACUUAGAUAAAAGGUUGAAACUCAGUCAGCAGCUCUGUUAUCUUGGCCAAAUUCCUUAACCUCAACUUCCUCCACUAUACCUUGGAACCUUGGAAACGGAUGACAACACGGAUGACAACACUCUCUCAUCGCGUGGUUGGAGGAUUUAAUAAGAUAACGUUUGUGAAGUACCUGAUAGAGAGCUUGUACUCCACCAAUGCCGGCUUCCUUUGCCUUCAGCAGCACUGUGGGGCCUGAAUCUGGCUACAGAAGUUCAGGUGUUAGGUGACCUGCUGAGGUAACUGACCUCCAAACACACCAGUCUGGGCUCCAGAACCACAAGCUGUGCCCCAAACUCCCAAAUCUGACAGAAGGGCUGAGACCAUCUCAGAUCACCUGAGAAUGAUCGAUCCUUGAGUUACCGAAUUAGUUGUACACAGGAAUGCUUUCUUCUCUGACCAGUCUUCACGGCUCCAGCUACCGCUGAGAAAGUGUCUUCUAUGGGCCUGUCUCACACUCAAAGUGCUACUCUCAGCAAGAAAGCUCUCUACCACUCUUCUCCGUUGCCCGAAGUCUAUCCUCACUACAGAGGAAUCCCUCUUUCUUCUCAGUAAGUUCUCCUAUGUUCACCUCCACCUUACCCUUAAGUACAAAUUCUAUAUCCUGUUUCCAUUUUUGUCUUCAACCUGAGGUACAGCAAAAUCCUUGACACAGAUUUGGAUACUACCUGCCAAAUGACAUAUUGCAAUUAGAAUGCAACUAGGCUAUAAAUUUGGUCACCAUAACCCGCAGCAUCUGCCACAGCAAUCUACAAUCUGCGCAAACUGCAAGAUACUUGAUUAUUCAAAUAAUUUAAUGUUAUUAUGGAGUCAGACCAGGGUUUAUAUGCCAAGACUACUGCUUAUUUGCCAAAUGAUGUGACAUUGGUUAUUUGAUCUGCUAGUUUUCUCAUUUUAAAAAUGGAGAUAAUGCUUACUUAUUUCAUAAACCAGUUCUGAGAUUAAACAAUGUAUGGAAAGCAUUCAGAAUAGUGCUUGCCACGUGGUAGGUAAUAAUAAUUACAAGUACUUAUAUAAAAUGUAUUAUAUAUGUUACUUAUAUGAAGUAGUUUACGUCUUAUAACUUACUUAACCUUCAUAAUGACAAAGGGAGACAUUAUCAUUAUACCCAUUUUAUGGGUAGAGAAGCUGAGGUAUAGAGACAUCAAGUGGCUCGUAACUAUGACACCAAAACAAAAUUACCAAUUCAGUUUAAAAAUCAAUACCAAUAAAAUUCAAAUAAGCUAUAGAGUUUGUUUCACUGAUGUUUUGCUAAAAGAAAACCACUGUUGGCAACACAAAUACACAGUUCUGACUUCUCUGGUUUUGGCGCCGGUUCUUUUAAACUGGGCAUUUCUUGUACUAUGUGAGGAUUCGAGUCUCUCUACACUUUUCUCUUUCAGAAAUACUGUGAAGCCAGGCGGUGAUGACCCCAACAUGCCAUCUGAGUGCCUGUGCAGAAAUACCGUGAAGCCACCAACAAACCUUUCUUCUAGGGAGCUGGAAGGGCUUGGUGGGCAGAGACCACCAAACAAUGGGGAUGCCAGAAGCUCCGUACCGCAGCAGAGGAAGGCUUCUGGACUCGCGGUCUGUGGAAGCCCCCACCUCACUCCCAGGACUCCCAACCAGCCCCUGGAAAGGUCGCCGUCUGCGCAGCACACUUCGGGCAGAGGGGACCCCGAGACUCGGAUCCCGCCCUCCCCUUCGUGGAAAGAGAACCAGCUGCUGGAGGAGGCUGCCCAAAGCUACUACAGGCGGAUUAGCAGCAACGCAAAACUCUGGGUCCCGCCUCUCUCCCAGAGAAACCGGUCUGGAGCAACCCGCAGGAAGGUCACGCACUAUUAUUUAUCUGCCCUAGGGCCCGGGAUCCGAAGACAGGGCGGGGGCAGCUGCGGGGAGUGGGGCAGGUGUGCGGAGGGGGUCCGUGGGAACCCUCACGCAGGGGUGAAGAGACUAGUGCAGGGGCGACAAGGGGAGCCCCGGAGGGGGAUGUCAGAGGAGAUGGGGGACGGCCGGUGGGACGUCCUGAGGACCCCGGGAGACUGUGUAACCUCCCUCCCCCCCCCCCCGGGUAAGUGGAGGCGCCCCUACCGCCCCUACUCACUCGAGUCGGAGGCAGACCACGCACCGCCGGCGGAAACCGCAGACCCCGGGCGAGAGCAGCGCGCUGGCAGUCGGGAAGCGCGGCGGAGCGAGCGCCCGCACCUUUAA